AUGGAGAACUACUACAAGUACCCAGUCGACUACAGCGAAGACAUCUCGCCCAAGUACCCAGACGUCCAGCAGAAUCAGGCGUGGCUCGAAGUCGUCCCGAACCAGGCGCCUCUGUACCCCUUACCGGCGCAUAUUCAACCCAUAGCGGAACUGGAGGCGAACUCACCAGUGCAGUCAACGCGGGAGGACAACCCCAACACAGCAACAGUGUGGCAAAGCAAAAGACGAAGGGUCUUGGGACUCACAGUGCCGCUCUUCUGGACGUUCCUAUUCGUACUCGCAGUCAUCCUCGCCGUCGGUAUUGGCGGCGGCGUAGGUGGCGCUCUCAAAGCACGCCGAAGCCCGACUCGCGAUACCUCAAGCUCCCCACCAAUCCCCUCCGACGGCGGCUGUCCACGCAUCCAGGGCCAGACGUACACGCCCCACGCCGUGAACGGGCAGCCGAUCCCGCUCGAGGCCGGGGCCGUAGGGCAGCAAUUCCAGCAGCAGUGCUGGACGAACUACCCCGCGUCUCCCGCUGCGAAGACGCACGACAUCCUGCGGAUCUACAUGCCCACGCUGGAGGACUGCAUGAUGGCGUGCGCCGAGUACAACUGGGCGUACCGCGCGGGCCUGCGGGGCGACGCGGGCGUUGGGGGCGGGUACUGCAUCGCCGUGUCGAUCGUCAAGGCCGGGGCCGGGUUCUGCUACCUGAAGAACGGGACGACGGGUGGGAAUGACACGAUGGGCAGACCAGAUGUGUAUUCUAGUGCGGUGUUGAUUACGAACACCACGGAUAUCGCGGUGGCUGGUUCGUAG